UUCCACUCCACAUCGAUUCGCCUCCUCCGCUCUUUACUCUUCGUCGUACUCGUCUCCUCCCACCCGCAACCGCAGGGAGAGAAAGGGGAAGCCCGCCGCCGCCCCGGCCCCCAGCAACCAGCAGAUCGGGACCUCUGUUCUGCGCAAUCCAUCCAUGGCGGAGGAAUCAGGCCGUCCCUUGCCAAAGUUUGGUGAAUGGGAUGUCAACGAUCCGGCUUCCGCAGACGGAUUUACUGUCAUAUUCAACAAAGCCAGAGAUGAGAAGAAGGGUGGGAAUGGUCAAGACACAGACUCACCUUCCAAGGACCCCAGGACUGAGAGGGUGGAGUCUUAUGCUGCAAAACCAAGCACGAAGAAAUGGUUUUGUUGUGUGACAGCCAGCCCUACGCAAUCCUGAGGAAGGCAAUUGCAUGCGCUGGAAAUACUGCCCCUUUAAUUUUCUAUACAUACUAUCCAUAAGACACUGUAGAGGUACCCAUGGCUCUCUGGGCUCCAGGAUGGGUGUCUCAUAAAACUCUGGCGUGCAUGUAUGUAUGUAUGGUGUGAGAGUUGUCGGCAUACAUUUGCAAAGUGGACUUCUGCUUGUAAUUCUAGUCCUGUCUCUCUUUUUUUU